GUUUGUCCUCCGCUAUCCCACAAUGCUUCAGUGUCUGCGCCGGUAAAUCGCGCAUGCGCCGUUGCUCGGUCUCUUUUGGAUCCGCACCUCCUCAGCUAAAAUGGCUAAGCGCACCAAGAAGGUGGGAAUCGUGGGGAAGUACGGCACCCGUUACGGUGCGUCCCUCAGGAAAAUGGUGAAGAAAAUUGAGAUCAGUCAGCAUUCCAAAUACACCUGCUCCUUCUGUGGAAAGACUAAGAUGAAGAGACAGGCAGUUGGUAUCUGGCAUUGUGGAUCCUGCAUGAAAACUGUUGCUGGAGGUGCCUGGAUGUACAACACAACAUCAGCCGUUACAGUGAAAUCUGCCAUCAAGAGACUGCGGGAGCUGAAGGAUCAGUGAGCGUCAGGAUGUGUUUUUGUACAGAACAUCACCUCGUCUCGGACUGUUUUCUCUGUGACUCCUUGAACAUCUCACAAUAAACGAGUCUUGAGCGGGA